AUGAAGGAGCCAACCGUUGCUGUUGACUUGGAGGCAUUUCUCCGUGCGUCUUUUCCGUCGCGCUGCGAUUUUUUCACAACCGAGGACGCCACCCGCGCGCUUGCUGAUUACACGGCAGCAUCACUUUGGGAAGCGUCUCUGGCGGUGGACAUGCGUCGGUCACACCACACCAUGGAACAGAUGCAAACAUACGCGACGCGAAUAGCUGGGGGAAGGCGGGGAAAUGGUGAGGAGGGUCCCCGCGUGACGGCGAUGCUGCCGGG